CUAUAUUUAUAAUAUAAAAACUAAACAAUGUCAAGUCGUAUUGGUAAUUUAAAUUGGAUUUAUCCAGACUAUAUUGUUUUCCCAUCAGUAGUUGCUUCAUUGGGUAUUACUCUUUGGACAUGCCAAGCUUACCAAUUAGGUGUUAUGCGUAAGAAAUACAAUGUUGCUGCUCCACACGUUCAAGGUGAUCCAGAGUUUGAAAGAGUUGCCCACGAAUACCAAAAUACCUCUGAGGGUUUAGGUGCCAUAAUCCCAUCAACAUAUAUGUUUUCAUACUUUAUAUCACCAAAAUGGUCUUUGGUUUUGGGUGGUGCUUGGUUGUUCUCAAAGUUAAUGAAUUGUUGCCCAUACUGUUGCAAGAAAGAAAAGGAAAGUGAAUGUGUAAAAGAUGCUCAUGUUAUUAUCUCUCACACCUCAUCAUUCAUUUUAUUGGGUGGCUCAAUGUUUGGUAUCGCUAUUUCAUUAAUUAAUAGAUGCAAAUUAUUAUCAUCUUAAAUUGAUUUUUCAAUUUAUUAAAAUGAUUUUAAUAAUACAACAAUAACAAAAAUAAAAUAAUAAAAAGAAUAAAAAAUAGGUUUAUUGAAAUUAAAA